AUGUCUGAAUUUGGCUCGUACCUGGAAGAGUUCGAGCCGCUGAAACACGCCAACGAGCUGGUGGUGUCGACCAACAACGUCGACGACACCGCGCUGGACCUGACAACGUCCAUCAAACGGCUCCAGUUCGACCUCAAAGACGUGGACAAACGGCUGCAGAAAAGCUCGAACGAAAACUACACAUCGCUCAUUGCCGAGCUCGACACCGCACAGGACCUGCACACGACGAUCGGCGAGCUCAAACCGUCGCUCAAACAGGUCAACGCGUCGUACUCGCGGCUGCAAACAGAAAUCCUCAAGCCGUACAACGAGUCGUCCAAUUUGCACUCGGCCCUCAGAAAGAUCCACCAAACCUCCAACCUGCUCAGAUCGUCCACGUACUUUAUCUAUCUGGUGUCGCGGAUCGAGGAGAUCGACAAAUCCGACCAGAAAUUGAACCAGAAACCGUUCCGGUCCGUGUACGCUCUGGCACGGCUGUUGAACCAGAUCAAGCUGCAUCUGGCCGAUUCGCCGUUCCUCAAGAGUCUGAAGCUCGUGCGCGACUACGAGACGUUCCAGCAGUUGCAAACAACAAAAGUCAUGGACGUGUGCAAUAGCCACCUGAAAAACCUGUCUUUGGAGUACGACGACCAGUCGAUCUUGAACCUAGUGUACGCCUUGUCCAUCAUGUCGUCGGAGUCGUUUUACAACCAGUUGCAACAGCUGCUGAGUCUUAAGAUUGCUGGUGCAAUCAAUCUGAUCAUCAAGAACCUCAACAACCCAAGGGGCCUUGAAAACGUGUUUGCACAGGUUUCUGCUUCCGGAAAGCUGAUCAACAACCUGGAGAAGGUGAUGCGGUCGAACAAGUGGCAGGAUGCGUCGUCGUCCAAGGAAUCCGCAGCUAGCACGGUCUCGAUCCUCGAUAAAGUCAAUUCUGUGCUGCAUUUCGGAAACUCGCUAGGAACGCUGUUCUGGAAAGACACGGCCGUUGGAGUCGAGCCCAAAUUCAAAGAUAUCGUGCACAAGGGCGGGCCCAUUGCAAAGAACCUGCGUUCCAUCAAACAGGACAUCUAUGACAUGGUGAAGAAAGCCGUUUUGGACUCGUUCGUUGACGAGAAAAGAGACGACUGCAUCGAGGUGCGCAUGAUGCUCAACAGCGUGGCCUCAUUAGAUAGGUCUCGAUAA